AUGGGCAUCGUAACACUUGUUGCUACAGUCAUAGUGAUGGUCACUCCUGCAGGAUCAACACCUGACGUGGCUGCAGGAGACCAGGCCUGGCAGUACGCUGUGAGUGCUGGCGUUCACCUGCUGGAACUCAGAGUACAGAUCACCGUUGAUAAUGUGACAGUAUCCCUCAACGAAAAUCAGGUGUACAGUGUGGCUGGCGGAGGUGUGGCGGAGAUGGGGCACCGCUGGAGGCACUCUGGGCUCCAUCUCCUGGUGCUGGAACCUAACAGAGGCAAGGUGAUGCUCCAGGGGAGGUUCCUCACCUACCAGCCUGCUGAGCAUGUCGACCUGGCUGACACAUUGCUGAGUAUACAGUCAGGUAGACUAUUAGUGCUGGCUGCUGUGCCAGAAUGGGUGAUGUUCCUAGGGAAGACUGGGGAGUCCAGUCUGGUGGCCCUGGGGUUUAGGUGGCCCCAGCAUGUGGCCUCGGGAGAAGCCUGGGCUGGUGUGGCCAUCCAGGGCCACGGAGCUGUGGCCGAGGCGGCCACAGCAGUCCAGCCACACCAGUACCCGGCCAACACACUACACCUGCUGGCCACACCACCUCGACGGGUCCAUCAACGAAUGUGUGAGUGGUACAGGAACCCGAAAUAUCGUCUCCAGACCUCCUUCUGCAGGAGAUAUGAAGGAUAUGGUGACUUAUGCUCCUGCAGUGCUCCCUUCAGACCCUCCGUCAGGUACACUCAGGAGCGUCUUCUGAUGAAGGAGGACAUCCCGGUUGUAAUUGUUACGGCCAAUAAUCCUAGACAUCUCUACAGAUUGCUGAGGAACUUGUUCAGCAUUGCUGGUUCGUCACAGACGGAGGUGCUGGUGGUGGUCGACGGGGCUCACCAGGAGACUCUUGACUUGACCGAGCUGUUGAAUGUAACUGUAACAGUACACAGACCAGAAGGCAUCCACAGUAACCGCACCAACGCUAACGUCAGGUUCGCUCUCUACAGCGUCUUCAGGCAGUUCCCCCGAGCUGACAAGGCCAUAGUGCUUGAAGAUGACCUCCUCCUCUCUCCAGACUUCCUCAGUUUCUUCCACCAGACAGCAUGGCUGUUAGAUCACGACCCCAGCAUCUUCUGCGUGAAUGCUUUCAAUAGCAACAGCCUACCUGGUGUGGCCACAGACCAGAGCAGGUUACUGAGGUCCGAAUCCUUCCCUAUGUACGGCUGGAUGGUAGCUAGGAGCUAUGCUAGGGAGGUGAUUAUGAACUGGAUACCUGAGGGGCCAGGAGACUGGGAUUGGUAUCUGAUGAGGGCAUGGGCACAGCGUGGGCGAGACGUCGUCUCUCCGGAGGUCUCCAGAACGUUUCAUGCAGGCAACGCAGGAGCUCAUGUGGAUGGUUUCGAACAGCACCUCUACUACAACCGCAUAUUGACCUCUCAUGACCCACAUACGAGGCUCCAUAACCUCUCAAGCGUGGUCUUGGAGAAUUACCUGGAGGCGCUGAAGGAGGAGAUCCAGAGGGCGGAGUUGGUGGUUCCUGACCCCAGGGACGACUCCUUCCUGCCGGAGGGUCGUCCUGGCCCCUUCGUCGUCUUCGUCAGAGCCGACGACAGAAACGACAACCUCUUCAGUAUCCGGCUUUUCCUGAUGCUCACGUACAUCAAUGUAGGCUCCACGUACAUCAAUGUAGCUCACGUACAUCAAUGUAAUCUCACGUACAUCAAUGUAGGCUCACGUACAUCAAUGUAG